AUGAAUUUUAAAAAUAAUAAUUCAAUUUUUAAAGUUUCGAAUUUAUCACCAAGUGAAUCAUUAAUAGCAAAAAAUGUUUUAGAUAUUCAUAAAGAAAAUCAUUGUUUAAUUUAUAACCAACCUUGUUUGAAUAAAGAUAGUGCUAAAGAAAAUCAUAUUGAAAUUACAUUUAUGAUGCUUUCGAUCUGGGCAUCUGAAAUUAGUAAAGCUAUGGCAUCAUCAAAUAAACAUGAAGGUACUAAAAACUAUUAUCAAGGAUUUUUACCAAAAUUUAAUCAUCAAAAAACUACUAUACGAUUACUUCCUAAAUUAUUAAAUAAUGACUUUGAAAUAUGUGGUGUGAAUACUAUUGGUAAACAGCAAAUUCUUCGUGAAUAUGCAGAAAAUUAUAAUUCAUAUUUUAUAUCAAAUGAUACAUCAUCUAUUGAAGAAACAUCUACUUAUAGCCUACAGCAUUAA